AUGGUUGACUACAUCCUUAGUGAAAGUAAAGUGCCCACCUAUGCCUUGGUGGAUUACACCCUUAGUGAAAGUAACAUGCCCACCCAUGCAUUGGUUGACUACACCCUUAGUGAAAGUAACAUGCUCACCCAUGCCUUGGUUGAUUACACCCUUAGUGAAAGUAACAUGCUCACCCAUGCCUUGGUUGACUACAUCCUUAGUGAAAGUAACAUGCCCACCCAUGCCUUGGUUGAUUACACCCUUAGUGAAAGUAAUGUGCCCACCCAUGCAUUGGUUGACUACACCCUUAGUGAAAGUAACUUGCCCACCCAUGCCUUGGUUGAUUACACCCUUAGUGAAAGUAAUGUGCCCACCCAUGCCUUGGUUGAUUACAACCUUAGUGAAAGUAAAGUGCUCACCCAUGCCUUGGUUGAUUACAUCCUUAGUGAAAGUAACAUGCCCACCCAUGCCUUGGUUGAUUACAUCCUUAGUGAAAGUAACAUGCCCACCCAUGCCUUGGUUGAUUACACCCUUAGUGAAAGUAACAUGCCCACCCAUGCCUUGGUUGAUUACACCCUUAGUGAAAGUAAAGUGCCCACCCAUGCCUUGGUUGAUUACACCCUUAGUGAAAGUAAAGUGCUCACCCAUGCAUUGGUUGACUACACCCUUAGUGAAAGUAACAUGCCCACCCAUGCAUUGGUUGAUUACACCCUUAGUGAAAGUAACGUGCCCACCCAUGCCUUGGUUGAUUACACCCUUAGUGAAAGUAAAGUGCUCACCCAUGCCUUGGUUGAUUACACCCUUAGUGAAAGUAACAUGCUCACCCAUGCCUUGGUUGAUUACACCGUUAGUGAAAGUAACAUGUCCACCCAUGCCUUGGUUGAUUACACCGUUAGUGAAAGUAAAGUGCUCACCCAUGCCUUGGUUGAUUACACCCUUAGUAAAAGUAACAUGCCCACCCAUGCCUUGGUUGAUUACACCCUUACUGAAAGUAACAUGCCCAUUCAUGCCUUGGUUGAUUAUAUCCUUAGUGAAAGUAAUGUGCCCACCCAUGCCUUGGUUGAUUACACCCUCAGUGAAAGUAAUGUGCCCACCCAUGCCUUGGUUGAUUACACCCUUAGUGAAAGUAAAGUGCUCACCCAUGCCUUAGUUGAUUACACCCUUAGUGAAAGUAAUGUGCCCACCCAUGCAUUGGAUGACUACAUCCUUAGUGAAUGUAACAUGCCCACCCAUGCCUUGGUUGAUUACACCCUUAGUGAAAUGAUGUUUUGUUUCCAAAGUCAUUCAGUGAUGUUGGUUACCAAGUCAUUCAGUGAUUUUUGGUUUCCAAAGUCAUUCAGUGACGUUUGGUUUCCAAAGUCAUUCAGUGAUAUUUGGUUUCUAAAGUCAUUCAGUGAUAUUUGGUUUCCAAAGUCAUUCAGUGAUGUUUGGUUUCCAAAGUCAUUCAGUGAUUUUUGGUUUCUAAAUUCAUUCAGUGAUGUUUGGUUACCAAAGUCAUUUAAUGAUGUUUGGUUUCCAAAAUCAUUCAGUGAUAUUUGGUUUCCAAAGUCAUUCAGUGAUAUUUUGUUUCCAAAGUCAUUCAGUGAUAUUUGGUUUCUAAAUUCAUUCAGUGGUGUUUGGUUUCUAAAGUCAUUCAGUGAUGUUUGGUUACCAAAGUCAUUCAGUGAUAUUUGGUUUCCAAAGUCAUACAGUGAUUUUUGGUUUCCAAAGUCAUUCGGUGACGUUUGGUUUCCAAAGUCAUUCAGUGAUAUUUGGUUUCUAAAGUCAUUCAGUGAUAUUUGGUUUCCAAAGUCAUUCAGUGAUGUUUGGUUUCCAAAGUCAUUCAGUGAUGUUUGGUUACCAAAGUCAUUCAGUGAUGUUUCUUUUCUGAAAUCAUUCAGUGAUAUUUGGUUUCCAAAGUCAUUCAGUGAUGUGUGGAAAAUGUCCCAGUCCACUGUGCAGCAGAUGAAAAAGACGGUGGAACAACUUCGCCAUGAAGCCAACAUCGAUCGUAUGAAAGUGUCACAGGCCGGAGCUGAUCUACAGACGUAUUGCCAGGAACACGCCCGAGAGGAUAUGCUACUCACUGGAGUACCAACUUCUGCCAAUCCGUUCAAGGAGAAGAAAACCUGCGCUAUCAUUUGA